UUCCAGAACCGGAAGUCGGAUCCAUUAGAAAUUCAAUAGCAGCCUAUGGGAACGUUGCACCUUUCAUUUGAGACUAUGUUUGUCAAAAUCGGUUCAGCCAUCUCUGAGAAAAAUGAGUGACAUUUUUGGUCACAUACACACACAUACGCACAUACACACACAUACAUACAUACACACAUACAUACACAAACAGACAUUUGCCGAACUCGACGAACUGAAUCGAAUGGUAUAUGUCACUCGGCCCUCCGGGCCUCCGUUAAACAGUCGGUUUUCAGAGCAAUUGCAAUACCUUUCUAUUGAGAAAGGCAAAAAGGGACAAAACCGGUUAGGCGCAAAAAGUCGAAAUUUUUUUCUUUUGAGGUUGCAUAAAAUCUCGACGUUUCAUGCAUUUUAAGGACAUUUGGCAUCAUAAAUACGAAUUCGAUUUCUGAAAUUUUAUGGGGUCUCACCUUUGAAAAAAAAAUUUAGUUCCGGCUUAUACUGGAAUUUCGUAUGUGACGGGACAGUUCAUUCUGUAUUUCCGGAGACAUAUAAGCGAUCCGUACUAAGUUUUACAGACGUCUAUGGGGAUAGUACACCUAUCGUUUUGGACUAAGUUUGUAAAAUUCAGUCCAACAAUCCCUAAUAAGAUGAUGUAAGUUUGUCAAUUUUAAUAGGUGGCCACUUUUCUGGGGCACUUCCGGAACCGUCUAUGGUGGUCAAUGUAGUCAAGGAAACUUUAGUUAGCCGUCAGCGACUUAGAACUACAAAUUUAAGUUGUUUUGCAGACAUUUAGCGAAAUUUUUACCUUUUUGGAUUCAACAGAGUAUCAAUUUGAAUCGGAAACGGCUUUGUGACCGCACAUCACAACCCGUAACUCUGGAACCGGAAGUUGGAUCGGGAUGAAAUUUAAUAGCUAUUUACGGGGAUAAACACCUUUCAUUUGAGAUUAAGUUUUGUCGAGUCGAUAAAGCCAUUUCGAGAAACCGAUGUGACUGCUAUUCUGAAUUUGGAUGCACCCGCCGGGACUUUCGAAACCGAUGAUGGUGGCCAAUGUGGCCAAAGAGACUGUUGACGUUUCACACUAGUACUGAUCUCAAAACAGCAUAGCUGUAUGAUUGACAGAUGAGACGAAUGAGCGUGUUGUUCUCACUGUUAAAUACAUAUGUGUAGAAACUUAACGAAAGAAGUGAGAGACAUUGAAGAGAGGAGAGAUGGGGAUAAAAUAAUGAGAGGAGAAAUUAAUGUUUCGAGAGAAGUCUCCAGCAUAUGUUUUUUGUAACUUUCUGUGUAUGUGGUAUGAGUUUGAAAAUUAUCGGCAUUCGUAAUCAGCCUUCAUAGCGAUAGGUUCGUCACCGUCCGUAGUGACGUUUGAAUAUUUGUACUUAGUUUGUAAUAUCGUGUAGUAAAGUAUAGUUCGUAGUGAAAUAAACGUGUAAGGUAAUAAAUGUAGUUUAGUGUCAGGAAAUAAAGUGUUUGAUGUGUAAUGUGUUAUGUGUGUACUACAUAAUUUCCGAACUGGCACAGUGACGCUAUCUGCGCAAAAAUAGUUCAACUAAAACUACAGAUGGACACGGUAAAAUCGGGUACGGACUAAAAACCACGGAGGAACGCUAUUUGGCAAGGGUCACAACAUUGGUGCCGUGACCAGGAUAGUGUUCCAAGGAACCGACGCGGCGUCGGUAACACCAUUUUGAGUCCGAGGACAAAGCAGAUACCGCCAUCGCGCGCAAUCGCCAUCAUUCUACUUGCGUACAGCCAUUGCGACUCAGCAGUUCUGGAUUCGUUUGACGUCGCCAUUGGAGUUUUUCGGAUUAGACCAGGGAAGCUAAAAUAUACAAGGCCUAUUGGAUAGGCUCACAAGUAUUUUUGGCAUCGAAGGAAGUUUCCUGGAUCAACAACAGGACGAUCGCUUGGUACGAGGAUCGCUGUGCAUGGCUUGGGAGGUUACGGAGAACGUCGCUGGUAUACUCUGACAAGGUUGUUCAUCAGCAACGGGUUGGUAAUUCGCCGGCGGCCAUUUUGGAAGACGGAGUCUACAUUCAUCGUCAGAAGUGCUGAAAUACGGUAGCGAAGCGCUACCACCUGUGGUUCUUCUACACAACGGGAAGAAGGAACGAGUCGCAGUUAUAAAGUCGAGUACAAGGCCUGUAGUGACAGGCUCCCAGGUGAGUACCUGUCCUACUCGACAUAUUGGUUUCGUUUUGUGCUGCGCUUGUGCAUAUUUACAGUUUUGCAAACAAUACUGUCGGUAUCAUUCGGAUCAUCGGGUCAUCAUACGGCUGUCUUGGUUACUGACGUCAUUAUUGAGGAUCUGGAGAAAAUUGGUAGCAGCUUUACGAGUUUUUUGGAGAGUUCCUGAGAGACAAAAGAUACAAGGCCUAUUUGACAGGCUCACCAGGAGACGAUUGCUGAUCCAAAACUCUCCAGCUCAACGGAUCUGACUAUGGGUAAGAAGCUGAAACCCAAGAUCCACGUUCGGGAUAGCAUCGUAGAUUUUCUACUGCGGACGGAGAAAUUUCUCAACAGUAGCCAAGCAACCGACGAACUCCAAAUACAGUUUCGUCUGGAGAAACUCGAGGCGAAGUGGGACGAGUUUGAGGAGGUUCAAUGCGAUAUCGAGGGAUCGGAGGAGCAUGAAGAGAACACGGAGGCACAUCGGCAAGUUCGGGCGGAAUUCGAGGAGAAAUAUUUCGAGGUAAGGGCAGGGUUGGUUGGCAAGUUACCACGGCGGACUCCAGCGCCGACACAAAACGGAUCUAGUUCCGAACCGGCUGGUGUAUACACUUAUGUGCGACUACCACAAAUAAAUCUACCGGAAGUUUCGAAAAAUGGUUGCCUUUUCAUGACACAUUUCGAGCCUUGAUCGACUCUUCGCCGGAACUCAGUGGUAUUCAAAAAUUCCACUAUCUGCGGGCGUCUCUUAGGGGUGAUGCGUUAAAGUUGGUUGAUUCGUACCCAAUGAGCGAGGCGAAUUACAGGGUUGCUUGGAACGGUUUGGUUGCACGGUUCUCUAAUGGAUAUCUUCUCAAGAAGCGGCAUUUGAACGCGAUGUUCGAGUUCCCGAAAAUCCGGAAAGAGUCAGCAGCGGGUAUUCAUGACGUCAUCGAUUGUUUCGAACGUAACACCAAAAUCUUGGAUCAACUGGGUGAGAAGACUAGUGGCUGGGGAGCAAUGCUUACUCAUCUAUUGGUAUCUAAGCUCGACGACGUCACACAAAAACAUUGGGAGGAAAGCGUUUCUAAUGAGGUCGAACCUUCGUUUACAAUACUGGUGGAUUUUCUCAAAAAACAAACACGGGUUUUAGAUGCAGUUUCGGUGGACCAACGGAUGACUACGUCAAGCAGUCAAGCUGCAUCAACUGGGUUCAAAUCUCGUCCUGCAAAGGUUUCGGUCAACUCGGCGACCGGAAACAAAGGUCCAAGCUGCGCAUCCUGUGGUGAUCAGCAUUCUAUCGCUCAAUGUACGGCAUUCAGCAAACUUCCGGUGGACCAACGGUUACAGCUAACAAAUUCAAAGCGUCUUUGCAGCAAUUGUUUGGGACGAAAUCAUAUGGCGAGAGACUGUCCUUCCAAAUUUCGGUGCAGAACUUGCUCUAAAAAGCACCAUUCUCUUCUUCAUCCUGGAUUUCCUGGUUCUGGUACUGCUUCCAGCUCCACUGCCUCCUCUUCAGCCACACAAAGCAUACAAGCUACGGCUCCAUCAACCUCUGGUGGUGCAUCGAAUUCCGGUGGCACAGUAACAAGUUCGGUUGCAUCAAUUUCCUCCAAUAUGUCUAUGGGGCUUUCUGGAACACAUGUAUUUUUGUUAACGGCGGUGUUGAAAAUAAAGGACAGCUGGGGUAGAACGCAUCUCGCUAGGGCAUUGUUGGAUUCCGGUUCUCAAGCGAAUCUGAUGUCGGAGAAUUUGUCUCAUCUACUCAAACUACCUAGACGAAAUAAAAGAGUAGAAAUCAGCGGUAUUGGGUGCUCAAAGAAAAGUAUAGCUCACGAAGUUUCUGCUGUUGUUUCGUCACGGGUCUUGGAUUUUACUUUGUCAAUGGACUUUCUGGUUUUGAGGCAGGUAACAAGCGACCAGCCGUCUACUUCUUUACCAUUGGCAGAUUGGAAACCACCAAACGGCAUGGAGCUAGCCGAUCCGGAAUUCUUCGUGUCUGGUCCGAUCGAUUUGGUGCUAGGGUCUCAAUUCUUCUACAAUUUUCAUCUACUCGAUGGUGGCCGGAUACAAAUUUGCAAACUCGGAUCUCCUUUGCCGAUAUUCGUCAACACAGUAUUUGGUUGGGUAGCUGCGGGCGACUCGGAGUGGUCUACAAGAAAAGCUACCGUUAGUUGUCACGUAGCGAUCGCCGAACCGCUUGAUAAGAUCAUCGAGAAAUUCUGGGCAAUUGAGGAGUUGUCAGAGAAGCCACUUCGAUCACAGGAAGAGAAGGACUGCGAACAACACUUUCAAAGCACGUUCACCCGUGACGAAUCGGGACGCUAUAUAGUACAGUAUCCAAAACGGAAUGGGUUCCACGACAAAAUCGGCGAUUCGAAGGGUGCGGCCUUACGACGAUUUCGUCAGCUAGAAAGGCGCUUGGAAAGAGAUUCAGACUUACGUGACCAUUACAACGAUUUCCUACAAGAAUACCUCGCAAUGGGGCAUAUGCAACUGAUCGGAGAAAUGGAGGAUACACUGGAUGAAGGGCGCACUACUUACUAUUUGCCCCAUCAUCCUGUGUUUAAAGAGUCUAGCUCAACGACCAAGGUACGGGUAGUGUUCGAUGGAUCAGCGAAAACCACCACAAAUCACUCGCUCAACGACACUCUACUUACGGGUCCAGUAAUUCAGGACGAUCUGCUGGACAUCAUGAUUCGUUUUCGCAAGCAUGCCGUCGCGUUAGUUGCAGAUGUGGCCAAAAUGUAUAGGCAGGUACGCAUUCACCCGGAGGACGCGCCGCUUCAACGGAUCCUGUGGCGCUUCGAUCAGGCUGAACCGAUCAAGGUGUACGAGCUACAGACGGUCACUUACGGAUUAGCGCCAUCAUCUUUCCUUGCCACUCGCGUACUUAAACAGCUUGCCAUAGACGCCGGUGACAAAUACAAGUACGCUGGUCCUGCUGUAAAGAAAGAUUUUUAUAUGGACGAUUUUCUUUCCGGAGCGGAAUCGAUUUCGAAGGCGAAACGUUUGCGAAGCGAAGUUCAAUCCCUUAUGGCUGAAGGCGGAUUCGAUUUGCGGAAGUGGAGCUCCAAUCAACCGGAGGCUUUAGCCGACUUACCUUCCACAGCUCUAGAGGAGCAAUCCACGCUACAUUUCGAUGCAGAAACAAAGGUGAAGACGCUUGGAGUAGUGUGGGAGACAGGAACGGACCAACUGUGUGUUGAGAUACGAGCAACGGAAUAUGACGAUCAAUGGACAAAAAGGAAGAUAUUUUCGGAGAUUGCGCAAUUGUACGACCCGCUUGGUAUCGUGUCACCUGUGAUUGCUUGGGCAAAAAUUCGGAUGCAACACCUUUGGUUAGUUAACGUCGACUGGGAUGAUCCGAUUCCCCGCGAGAUCGAAUCUAAAUGGAAUGAUUUCCAUUCACAGCUGUCCCUACUAAAGCAAUACAAAGUUCCCCGUUAUAUAUUUUCAUCGGAAGCUACAACGGUUCAGUUCCAUGUUUUCUGCGACGCAUCUGAAGUAGGCUACGGAGCAUGUAUUUACGCUCGCUCAGCCAGCAAGGAAGGUAAAGCUCAAAUCCAGCUCAUUGCGGCAAAAUCAAGAGUCGCGCCAAUCAAACGUCUUAGUUUACCGCGCCUUGAGCUGUGUGCUGCAUUAUUGGGUGCCAAACUCUAUACUAGAGUAUCCGCAGCGCUGGGGAUGGAGGGAAAUCCUUGCUGGUUCUUGUCAGACUCGACGGUCACGUUGCACUGGAUCGCAGCACCCCCAAACACUUGGCAAACGUUUGUGGGCAAUCGCACAUCUGAAAUCCAGCUACUGACACACGGACAUCCUUGGAAUCACGUGAAGGGUACGGAUAAUCCGGCGGAUCACGUUUCGCGUGGUAUGCUGCCGGCAGAUUUCAUCGUCGAAAUUCUUUGGAGGAGUGGUCCCGGAUGGCUAGCAGACGAAGCGGAUAAAUGGCCAAAGCAUGUACACCCGCUUCUUCCAAACGAGGACAUCCUGGAACGAAAGAAAACGGUUUUAGUGGUUCAGUCAACGUCGCAGGAAAACCCGUUAUUUGAGCGCUAUUCUUCAUUCGGGCGUCUAGUUCGAAUCACUGCUUACCUUCGUCGAUUCAUUACACGCUGCCGCUCUAAACAUCAUGCAUAUGAAGCAUUCCUUUCGACGGUGGAGCUGCAAGAAGCAAAGCAAACCUUAGUAAAGGUGGUUCAACAAGAAGUGUUCCCAGAAGAAUUGAUUCAGUUGAAGCAAAAACGUCCGGUUCCCUCAAAAUCACCCCUGAAAAAUCGAUAUCCUUUCCUAGACGAGAAUGGCAUAAUACGUGUCGGUGGCCGGCUGAAUUUCUCCAACGAAACCUACCAAACCAAGCACCCUAUGGCUCUUCCCAACAAGCACCCCCUUUCUCGUAUAAUUGCAACGCAUUUCCACUCGCAAUGUUUUCAUUCUGCCCCCCGAAUGACUCUGGCAACAAUGCGCCGAGAAUUCUGGCCGGUUCGCGGAAAAACUCUUGCCAAUUAUGUGUGUCGCAAAUGUACAAUUUGUUUUCGCCACAACCCUGUCCCUGUAGCCCAACCUCAAGGACAGCUUCCCAAGGCACGCAUUGUCCCUAGUCGACCAUUCUCAAUUACCGGUGUCGACUACUGUGGCCCUAUAUACCUAAAACCUGUUCAUCGACGAGCGGCCCCGCAAAAGGUUUCAUUGCUGUGUUUGUUUGCUUCGCUACCAAGGCCACUCACCUGGAACUCGUGUGCGAUUUGUCAACGGACGCACUUCGACGCUUUAUUGCCCGGCGCGGCUUGCCAACGGAAAUCCAUUCUGAUAAUGGUACAAACUUCAAAGGAGCAAAAACCACACUCACGGAAAUGCACCGCAUAUUUAGCAUCAAACACAACAAGGAAAAAUUAAUCAAUGAAUGCAGCAGCAAAGGAAUCACUUGGCGGUUCAUUCCACCUCGAGCACCAAAUUUCGGCGGCCAUUGGGAAGCGGCUGUUAAGACAGCAAAGUCCCCUCUGGUAAAAACAAUCGGCUGCCGAAAACUUUCCUACGAGGACAUGGUCACUGUCCUCUACCAGAUCGAGGCAAACACUAACGCCACUAUCCGAUGACCCGACCGAAUUAGACGCACUAACACCCGGCCAUUUCCUGACUGGCGGUCCACUUUUAACCCUCCCGGACCCUCAGUACACCGAAAUACCAACAAACCGAUUGCGGCACUAUCAGCAGUUGCAACAACUGAUUCAACAUCACUGGCAACGUUGGCGGAAGGAAUAUCUUACCGAGCUCAAUCAGCAGUGGCAGAAAUCCAGUUCUACGGUGGACAUCCGUGUUGGCCAAAUGUUAUUGCUGCAGGAGGAUGGAAAACCUUCCUUCGCUUGGCCACUAGCAAGGAUCGAAGCAGUUCAACCUGGCGAUGAUGACAUCGUUCGUGUUGCAACCAUCAAAACAAGAAGUGGAACAUACAUACGACCGAUUCGCAGAUUGUUCCCACUUCCUUUCGACCAGCAAUUGGCGGUGCAGCAACAGCAACAAGCAGCAACUGAAAGUGAAGAAAAGUUGUUAGAAAAUUAAUCAUACUUACCUGUUUUUUCGAUGAUCCAAUAUAUGUAAAUUAGACUUAGCUAAUUUAGGUGGCAGGUAAUGUUGACGUUUCACACUAGUACUGAUCUCAAAACAGCAUAGCUGUAUGAUUGACAGAUGAGACGAAUGAGCGUGUCGUUCUCACUGUUAAAUACAUAUGUGUAGAAACUUAACGAAAGAAGUGAGAGACAUUGAAGAGAGGAGAGAUGGGGAUAAAAUAAUGAGAGGAGAAAUUAAUGUUUCGAGAGAAGUCUCCAGCAUAUGUUUUUGUAACUUUCUGUGUAUGUGGUAUGAGUUUGAAAAUUAUCGGCAUUCGUAAGCAGCCUU